AUUUCACGUUAAACACAAUGCCGUUCUACAUUUCACAUUCAUUACUAUAUAUAUACAAACACACACACACACACACUUUUUCUGAUCAGUUUAUAUAUAAAAUGAGUAGUGAAUCAAUGGCGGAGCUAGAGAUCCCCGACGUUAUGCUGAAGAUGAUAAGAUUUCUGUCGUCCCUCCUGCAAAGAGUGGCAGAAUCCAACGAUGAAUUCCGGUGCUUGGACGCGGAGAAGACGUCGAUCUUCGACGGCCUAAGUCGGCCGGCGAUCUCGAUCGAGUGCUACAUGGAGAGGAUCUUCAAGUACGCCAACUGCAGCCCGUCGUGCAUCGUGGUGGCCUACAUUUACUUGGAUCGAUUCGCGCAGAAGCAGCCGAUGCUGCCCCUCAAUUCCUUCAACGUUCAUCGCCUCCUCAUCGCCAGUGUCUUGCUCUCCGCCAAGUUCAUGGAUGACAUAUUUUACAAUAAUGCAUACUAUGCCAAAGUGGGAGGAAUCAGCACGUCAGAGAUGAACCUGCUUGAAGUAGAUUUUUUGUUUGGGUUAGGGUUCCAAUUGAACGUGUCGACCUCAACUUAUCAUCACUACUGCUCUUAUCUACAAAAGGAAAUGCUGCUUCAUUGCCCUCCUCUCACGGUUACACCAAAUCUUCUCAGAAGUAGAAACAUUCAUCUGUACGUCGACGAAUGAAGGAUCAACUCAACACCAGUUAGCAGUAUAGUUUCAUGCUGCUGUUUGCUUCCAAACAUUAAUUUUGUAUCAGAAUUUCCGAGCAAUGAAAUUUUCGAUCGGUUUAGUAAGUUGUCACAGACUCACAUGGAUUCAACAAUUAAUCAAUUUUGCAAAAGUGGUUCUAUUGAGGUCUAA